CUGCAUGAUGACACCACUGCUAGAGUCUUCACUAUGACCAUCACUGGACUGACUGCAGAGGAUUCUGGACAGUACUGGUGUGGAGUUAAAACAGGAUUUGGAAGAUAUGAUGUGUUCACUGAAGUAAAGUUAAAUGUUAAAAAAGGUCCCCCUUCAUCCCCAGUCUCGACACAUGUGCCCACCACUGACGACCAAACUGUCUCUGCACCACCUUCCUUUUCACCUCCAGCAUCCAAUACGUCUCAGUCUCAGCACAUCAGAAAGACGACCAGAAGUGAUGACCAAUCAGCUGCUGCUGAGCCUCAGGAGGUUCCAGAAGACCCUGUCGUCAUGGUUAUCCUGUGUGUGCUGGUGCUGCUGGUAAUGCUGUGUGGGUUAGUUUCAGCCCUCUACUACAGACAGAGGAGGAGGAAGCAGACAACAGCAUGUGGCCCAUCCAACCUUCACAACAGCCAGCACAUGGAGGAGGUAAGACCAAGAGUUUCAUAAAUAAAC